AUGAUGAAGCGCUUCAGUUUGUACAUUGCCAUGGAUGAUAUGAAGCUCGCUAUCAAGCACAGCAUGCUCACAUUUAUUCGUAGACAGCGCAGUUGCAAACUGCUGGCGCUUAACGGCCACAACUACGUGAGAUACCCCAGAAACCCAAAGACUUACUGGAUAUGCUCCAAAAUGGGCAGCACGGACUGCAAGGUUCGAGUUGUGACCAAUGUCGUCAAAGGUGUGCACAAGAUUGUCCUUGAGUCGUUCCAUCAUUCCGGUCUGAACAUGGAGCGAGAAAAGCUGUUGUCGGUGAUUUGUUCGACGGGAAAAGGCACUGGGCACGGGUUUAUAAAGGCAGAGGCCUACGAGGAUCUCACGCUCGAGAUGCGAACGCUUGACCUAUGCAUUGAGGACUUUCACAGCCUGCAACGACAAGAGACUUAAAACCUAGCCAUAUUUGAGAUUUAGGAGUACGCUACUUAUAUGUAAAUUUAAAAUAAAGUUUUUGUCGUGUGUACCUAGCACAA